CUUUCACAUCCAACCAUCACACUGGGGAACAGCUCAAAAAACAAUUCACCCAAAGAACCAACCAAUCCACCAUCUCCGAAGAUGAAGACUUGCGGUUUUGCAGUUGCAGUGGUCGUCUUGCUCACCUUUAUUUGCAAUCAGGAGGGCUGUGCUGUCUCAGUCACUGAAGACCAAGUGCUUCAGGAUUCAAUGGGUAAUGGCGAACCGCAAGAGGUGCCAGCGGAGUCCAGUGGACGUCAGUGGAUGAUGCCGUUUCACCUGAGGCAGAGGCGUCACAGCGGCCCCAUGCCGUGCAGAUGUUGCGAAUGCUGCCCCGAACCGCCCGCCUUUGACCUGUACCAUGUUAAAAAGUGAUGUUCUGAGGAUUUUCUGUCCCCACAUUUGGAUUCCCACACGGUUACUAACCCAUUUGUCUCUUGUAAUCUCAAUUUCACUGUGAUUGUAAACAACUGAGGAUGUAACCUGGCAAUAAACUUAAAGUUAACUCAUA